CCAAGUCGUCUACUCAAUAUCGGUAAACAUAAGGCUGUGACGUAGAGCCGCAACCGCCACGCCUUAGUGCACACGCCAAGACGAUUGGACAAUAUUGUGGCUCGACUGGUCGUGCCCUUCAGGUGGUCGCAACGUCGGUUGUUCGCAUUGCUGACGAAGACACUUUUACACGUUUCAAUGCAUUUUGUGCGCUUAAAAGCUCAGAUUCCAACUAGAUUUUACAGCACACUAUUUAAACUACUCCUCUGAAGUACUACAAUAACCAAAAACGGUGUAGAUUUCGUUUUAUACACGUAACGUUAAUUUCAAUAAUUUGUACUAAGCGUUUACAGUUACACUAACAGCUGACCUGUACACGUGACGUAACAUAACCGUUUAUGACAUCACACGAUUUUGCUUCCGGUAAAGUAUUUUGUAAAUUUAUCACUCUUUUUAUUUUUUCAAAGGGAUUAAUUACGAAGGCAACCGUCAUGACUUCUGUCAGUAAAGCAAUCCACACAAAGUCUCACAAGAGAUACAGCAUGGACGGUAAGCGAUUACGUUCAGUGCAAAACCCUUCUUCGAAUAUCGUUGACCUGCAGUCAGUGAAUCUGCAUCUAGGAGAUAUUAAGAAGAAACAAGACGAAGUUGAAAAACAAGUUGAAUUCUACGAACACGCAAGCGACUUCAGAAAAGCUAUGCACGUCCUGGUCGAAUCCAGCUUUUUCACCCUGAUGAUAAUGGCUGUCAUUUUGACCAACACCCUUAUGUUAGUACUCUCAACAUGGAGGUCUAUUGAAAUUCACUUCGGUUACUACUUUGCUGUAAUAGACGGAAUAUUUAUGGCUGUAUAUGUGAUCGAAUGCUCGCUGAAGAUUUAUGUUUGGAGAUCAGAGUAUUUCCAUAAAGGAUGGGAUAUUUUAGAUUUGGUGAUAGUGUGCACCAGUCUUAGUGAGAUGUUGGCUCCCCUCACUGUGGGAGCUGGAACUUUUAGUGGAGGAGGGGCGAGUAUCUUUAGAAUCCUCCGUGUCCUUCGUGCGUUGCGAUCCUUGCGUGUCCUCCGCACCAUCCGCUUCCUAGAGAACAUCCAAGUCAUCUUGAUCACUUGCCUCCAUUCGUUUCAAUCUUUAGGAGCAAUCCUGAUGCUCAUGAUGACAUUCUUAGUUAUAUUUGCGGUGGUUGGACGAGGUCUCUUCGUGUCCAUCGAUGCAAAACACUUCGGAGAUUUUGGAAAAGCCUCGUUUACUUUGAUCCAGCUACUGACUUUAGAUGAUUGGUUUGAGAUAUUUACUGGAGUUACUGACAAGUUAGGAUAUUUUGACGUCCAAAUGUUUUUCUUCCUACUUUUCUACAUCAUCAUCGAAUACUUCGUGUUUCUUAAUCUUUUUAUCGCUGUAUUGGUGGAUAAUUUUCAACUUACGCUGCGGGACAAAAUGAUUCGAAAAGCCGAAGAGAAGGAACGACUUGAAAAAGAAAAACGGCAGAAGAACGAACAGAACGGAAAGGAAGAAAAUAAUUCUGACGAUCUUUCCGACGAUAACUUGGCAGCAAUUAGGAACGAACUGUUUUUCCGAGACGAAGAUUCUCUGAGCGACGACGAAUAUUUUGACGUGGAAAAAGAACUUUUCACUUUUAUGAACACCUCAGAUGAGGAAAACAACUUAGUAACAUGGUACUACCGAAUCCUACCAGCUCUUGAAAAACAAAGUCAUCAAGCACAUAACCUGAUCUCGUGUCAUGACCGCAUUAUAGACAUGGUGGUGGACAAUACUGAUGACGUCAUCGAACGACGGUAGAAGAUCACAAUACAUAUACACAUAUAUGUGGAAUAUACACGAUGUUUUACAGAGUUG